UGUUGUCUGGCCGACGGCCGAUGUGCCGACGUUCGGCGGGCGACGGGGAGCGCGUUGACGUCAGGGGGAAGGCGGCCGCCAUCUUGGCCGGUGCAGGUUGCUGGCGCUGCUUCUUUGUGUUGCGUUCCGCGGUGGGGAGGGGCUGCAGAGAAGCUCCGCGGCCUGCGGGAGGAUGUCCGCCUUCUCCGAGUCCGCUCUCGAAAAGAAACUGGCGGAGCUCAGCAACUCGCAGCAGAGUGUGCAAACUCUGUCCCUCUGGCUGAUUCAUCACCGCAAGCACUCCAAGACCAUCGUGCUGGUGUGGCACCGGGAGCUCAGGAAAGCUAAACCAAGUAGAAAACUGACCUUCCUUUAUCUGGCAAAUGAUGUGAUCCAGAAUAGCAAGAAAAAGGGGCCAGAAUUUACCAAGGACUUUGCGCCAGUUUUGUUGGAUGCAUUUUCACAUGUUUCAAGUGAAUCUGAUGAGAAUUGCAAGAAGCACUUGGAAAGAGUAUUAGCAAUUUGGCAAGAGAGGAUGGUUUAUGAGAACAAUUUUAUUGACCAACUUAAGCAGAUUCUUUCAACAGACAAAAAGGCCAAGAAACGCACCUAUGAACAAAUACAGGAAGAAGAAGAUGAUGACUAUCUUUCUAACAGUACACCUAAAGAACCACCAGAGACUGAGGAUCUCAUUAAAUCAUUACAAGAGCUGGAAAACGCAGCCUCUGGUGAUGCAACUGUUCGUCAGAAAAUUGCAUCUUUGCCGCCAGAAGUUCAAGAUGUUUCGCUCUUAGACAAAAUAACAGACAAAGAGUCUGCAGACAGACUUUCAAAAACAGUGGAUGAAGCCUGCAUGCUCUUGGCAGACUACAAUGGCAGACUUGCUGCAGAACUGGAAGAUCGGAAGCAGUUGGCACGUAUGCUGGCUGAUUACAUCCGUAGUCAAAACGAGAUCCUAGCAGAGAAAGAGCGUAAACUGGAAGAGUACAAGCGCAAACUGGCCAAGGUGACUCAAGUGCGAAAGGAGCUCAAAUCCCAUAUCCAGAGCCUACCAGAUCUGUCUCAGCUUCCCAAUGUGACAGGUGGCUUGGCCCCUCUGCCCUCUGCAGGGGAUCUCUUUUCAACUGAUUGAUACAGACUCUUCUGUUUAAAAGACUUUUAAAGAGCAUCAAGGAAAAAGUGAGCAGUUUUCAGAGCCCCCAUAUUUUUUCUUGUUUUAAAAGGUCAGAAAAUUAUUUUGCUGCGGUGAUAUUUUUGUAUGUCUACAGGGUUGUGAUGCUAGCAAGAUGUGAAUAAAAGUAAAGAUUAAAGAGAGAUCUACUGUUUGAUCAAGAGGAAACUGACCUGUGCACAGUUUAAGCCAAUUUGUGACUGUUUCUUUGAUGAGUAGAUGUAAUUGAUAAAUCCAACAGUAUUACAGAGAUUUGAAGUACUUCAUUUUGAUUUUGAUCAUAGGGACCACAUAAAUAGGCUGGUUAGCAUGUAGACAUCCUGAAAGCAUUGUAGCCAGGUAGUUAUCAUUUAUUUCAUACAAAAGAAAUCCAUCAUGUCCAGGGAUACUUAUUAAGCAAAUGUAAAGUUACAUUUCUAACAUUUACUCACGUUAUAACCUUCACCCAACAACCUUCAUCCCUGCUCCAUUACAAAUAAAAGAAAUUAAGCAUCUACAAAAUUAUUGCUGGAUUCUAGUAGAUGAAAACUGACCCUAGUGUAGAGGUUGUGCUAACCUAAUGCAAAGCAACAAAGUGGACUUCUGUGAAGGGCAAACUCAAUGGAUUGGAUGCGAUACCCAUACACCAAACCCAUUUAACGUUUAAUACAUUGGGCCAGCUUGUGUCGCAUGCUGCUUCCUAAGUUUAGUUGGAAUUGGCGUACUUUGCUUCUGUGCUAUCUAUUUACAGCACAACUGAUCUUUAAGUACGUGAAGCAGAGUUUGGGUUAACAAUGCCAGUUUGCCCUAUGAAGAAUUAGUUUCUUCCUUCUCAGUUAUUUAGUUAAGAAAAUGUAAUGAAAUUGCUUUAUUUGCAUUUUAAUGUGAUUACCAUUUGUGAAAAUAUUAAAAACAAAAUAUGAUUAGUGAUAUUUGAAUGCAAUAUUAUGAGUCCUGAAGUAUAAUUAUUGUGAAUGUGCGUAUAUUCUUAUUUCUUAGCAGUUUAAUUUUUCUAUUUUGUUUACGUAAAGUGUAAUGACACUGGGCCGGAAUUUAAAUAACUUUGGUGUAAAUUAAUCAGCUAGAAUAUUCAAAAAUACCUGAAGUUUUGUUAGUGAGAGGGCAAACCCUGGUCGGAUCUCACAGCCAGAAUGUAGUUCCUCAAAUGAUGCACAUGGCUGCUUUUAGUUGGGGUUGGGGUGAGUGUAAUAAUGUCUCACCUGCAUUUGUAUUUUGAUAUUGAAAUUAAAGCCUUUAAGAAACACUUCUGGACUAAAAGGUCACUAUACAUGAGGCAAGUAUUUUAAUCUCAAAAGUACCUCUCCAUACUUAAUCAAAUACUGUGGGGUGGUAAUAAAUGAAUGCUUAAAAUGUUUCGUUAGAAUUUCCUGCUGCUUUUUGUUUUAGGUAUUAUCCUACCUAAUUUAAAUAUAUUAAAAUGCAUCUAUGUAAAUAAUGAAAAGAGUAAGUUCAGACAAACAUCACAGUGUCCAUGUGCUUUAAUCUCAUAGUAUAUUUUAUUGCUCUCUAAACUUCCCCUUUCAAUAACAGAGAUCUGUAAAAUAUUUGUAUAUAUUCACUUUAGAUUGCAGUUUUUUGAAAUUUGUCAAUUUUGUGUUACAAACAUCUGUUCCAAGUCCUGUAAACAUGAUGUUUUAAUCUUUUGUAAGCUGAAUUUCUUUUGCAUCUCUCAAAAUAUAGGUAUGUUGUGAAAUGUAACAUCAGACUUUUCUAAUGCGAUAUAUUUCUGAUGGAAGCAUAAACAAAGUGUGUGAGUGCACCUUUCAGUCAAGAAAUGUGUGAGCGAAGAAUUCCUAGCAGCAAAGGAGACAAAAGCACAUUAAAGAAUUGUUUUGGUAACAAAAUCAGCUUCCAGAAACUAUGUUGCUACAGACCAAAUGGCUUGUCCAGGGCAAGAAGGAGGAACGCAAAAGUGAUCGAUGGAUAGGGUGGGCCACUUGCUCUGCGGUAUAUAGCCACUCACAUUUUAGUAAGAUUUAUUUACUGGUGCAUUUCCAUGCAUUUCAAACUGUUCUGCAAUGUAUAAUAUUUAUAGUGGUAGAACUACAAAUGAUUUUAUUUAUAGUAUUCUAUCAAUAAACUUUUAAAAUAAAAAGUAUCUUACAAG